AUGAGCGAACCGCAUGGGCUGUACAACCAACCAAUAGUAUUAGAUAAUGGUUCAGGGAUUGUUAAAGCUGGUUUUAGCGGUGAGGAAAAGCCCAAAUGCUUCGAGUACUCUUUAAUUGGAACACCAAAAUAUAGCAAGAUUAUGGCGGGAGGCCUGUCUAGCGAUGCCCAAUUGGUUGGCAACGAGGCUCAAAAACUGCGAGGGCUGCUAAAAUUACAGUACCCAAUAGAACAUGGUGUGGUAAAGGACUGGCAAGGUCUCGAGCUUCUAUGGUCGCACGUAUUUCAAAACAGCUUGAAAUUGAACAGUGCUGAGGAUCACCCUGUGUUGGUCACUGAGGCUCCGCUCAAUCCUUUAGAGAACCGGGAAAAAAUGUGCGAGAUGUUGUUUGAUACUUUCAACAUUCCUGCAGUUUAUGUUUCGAUCCAGGCUGUCUUGGCUCUGUACGCUGGCGGGAGAACCACAGGCUGUGUAAUAGAUUGCGGCGACGGAGUAUGCCAUAGCGUUCCAGUUUACGACGGGUUCACAUUGCCUUCGGCAGUACGACGAAUUGAUGUGGCGGGUAGAGAUAUUACAGAGUUCUUACAACUAUUACUACGGAAAUCCGCCGGUGUUACACUUUUGUCAAGUUCAGAACGAGAAAUUGUACGUAUGAUCAAGGAGAAAUCAUGUUACGUGGCUACUAAUAUUGCAAGUGAGGAGCAGAAAUACAGUGGACUCAAUGGCUCGGAUUCAUUGACCAAAUUUAAAUUACCAGAUGGUAAAGUUUUAUCAAUAGGAGCGGAGAAAUUUAGAGCCGCAGAGAUUUUGUUCCAACCACAGCUUAUAGGAUCCGAGUUCGAUGGGGUUCAAGACAUGUGUCAUCAAAGUAUUUUGAGAGUGGAUCGCGAUUUAAGGACGUCUUUGUACUCAAACGUGGUUUUAAGUGGAGGAACUACAAUGUUCCCCGGUUUUGGUGACAGAUUAUUGAAUGAGCUUCGAGGAAAGUGCGAACCUAAUACCAAGAUUAAAAUAUUUGCCCCUCCUGAAAGGAAAUUCAGUACGUGGAUUGGAGGUUCAAUCCUAGCGGGGCUAUCGACUUUUGAGAGGAUUUGGGUAACAAAAUCAGAAUGGCAAGAAAAUCCUCAGUGUGUGCAUUCGCGAUUUAUGUAA